CGAUGAAGGCAGUUACUUCAACAGUGUUGGGCUCGAUCCUAGUGAUAUUACUGAUCAAUUCUUCAUCUGCAAAGGAAAAAACAGCAGAGGUUGACUUAACAGCUCCUCCAAGACAGUGCCGACUUGAGUGUGAUUCAGGGUUUCAUAUCGUGGUUAAAAAGGGUACUUUAUACCAUAACGGCAGGAAGCUGGACGAGAAUGCACGGUAUCCGCCGAAGAUGGCGUGUGAUUUGGAGCGCACUUGCGACUUCAAACUUACACCACAAACAUAUAGUUAUAUGAAUUCGAAGCCGCCGACAGGUGCACAACUAACUAUUAAAUACGACUGUAAGCGAGAUAACUUCCAAGGAAACACAAGAAGGAUAACAGACUAUACACCGACAAACGGCUGCCCGCAGGACUCUUUUGUUCAGAAACACGUGGCAUACUUUAACGAUAGGAGUAUUGCCCCUAAGCCGGAUACACCAGCGGCACAGAGGGAAAGGGAAAUGAUUGCCAUGGGCGUUUGUGCUCAGGUCAGACGUUUCAGGCAAAGCAAUCCCAAUCAGCCGAUCGAUCCAUAUCUUGGCACAGUGUACUUGAUAUUUGAUAACAGAUCGGGUAAAAAUGAUUUCUUGCCGAGUCCGGGUCUGAAAAACAAGUGUCAACUUAAGCCCAAUGCGCUGGCCAAUACAUUUAAGUAUAAUUGCGAGAGAAAGACGGAUAAAUGGACCUGCAAGUUUGAUGGGAGGAAUGGGGACUUGGCCAUCCAUGACAAAAUAAAUAGUCACUUAGGAUGAUUAUCAAAUCCAGGGUUUAAGACUCAAACGAGA